UCUUUUAGAAUCAACUUUCCUUUACGAAUAAAGGCUCUUCCAAGGGAAACUAUGCUGACAAUAAAACUACUUGGAGUAAACAGUGCCUCUAAAAAUACAGAAGUGCUUGCUUGGACAUGCUCCCCAUUGUAUCCAAAAGAGCAGCUCGUACGUGGAAGCGUGCUGCUUAGCAUGACGUUGGACAGCACGCUUACGACAACGAUGAUCACCCCGGGCAUCUGCAAUGCUGAUACACCGUCCUCGGUAAUGCUGCAGAUUGACUUUCCAGAAACUAAUUUAGAGUUCAUUAAACCUGAACCUGAAGAAAGAAGAGGGGAUCUUGACGAGCCAACCAAAGACUGCCUGAAGCAUCUCACAAGACUCUCACGGACACCUUCUCUCUUGCUACUCUCAGAGCAACAGAGAAGAAUCUUAUGGUUUUAUCGUUACUACUGCAAUAAUCAAAAUUGCUCCCUUCCUCUGGUACUGGGCAGUGCACCCAGUUGGGAUCGAAUGACUGUAUCAGAAAUGUAUGCUUUGUUGAGGAGAUGGAGAUUUUCUAAUCCUCUGGAGGCACUUGGGCUUCUGACUUUCAGUUUUCCAGAUCAAGAUAUUCGCAGAACAGCAGUCCAACAAAUAGAAAAUCUGUCAAAUGAUGAAUUGUUGGAAUACCUCCCACAGCUGGUUCAGCAGUGGAACCUGCAGAGCUUUACAGUAUUCAUCCUGCUGAAUCGUUCCCUUCAGAGCAUCCAAGUAGCCCAUCAGCUUUACUGGCUGUUGAAGAAUGCACAGAAUGAAGUUCAUUUCAAAAUCUGGUAUCAGAAAAUACUGGCUGCUCUCCAAUUCUGUGCUGGAAAAACCCUGAACAAUGAGUUUUCUAAGGAGGGGAAACUUAUUCGAAUUCUGGAAGACACUGCCAAAAAAGUAAAAGCUGCCAGUGACCCAAAAAGAAAGGAGGUGUUGAAGGUGGAACUCAACAGGCUUCAGCAGUUCUUCCAGGAGGUAAAGGUUUGCCGACUUCCCCUGAAUCCUGCGCUUGUUGUCCAAGGCGUAGAGGCAGACUCAUGUUCAUAUUUUACAUCCAAUGCUUUUCCGUUAAAAAUCUGUUUCAUCAAUGCAAAUGCUCCAAGUGGAAACAUCAACGUUAUUUUUAAGAUAGGUGAUGAUCUACGUCAAGAUAUGCUGGUUCUGCAAAUCGUUCGGGUGAUGGACAGCAUUUGGCUCCAAGAGGGACUGGAUAUGCAAAUGAUCAUUUAUAGGUGUUUAUCUACAGGAAAAUGCCAAGGAUUGGUACAGAUGGUGCCAGAUGCUACCACGCUAGGGAAGAUCCACAGAAAGUCUGGUCUGAUAGGACCAUUGAAGGAAAACACAAUUAAAAAAUGGUUCCGUCAUCACUAUCCUGUGGAAUCAAGUUACCAAAAGGCAAUAAGGAAUUUCUUUUAUUCCUGCGCUGGCUGGUGUGUUGUUACCUUCAUUCUGGGAGUCUGUGAUCGACACAAUGACAAUAUAAUGCUGACAAGUGAUGGACACAUGUUCCACAUAGAUUUUGGAAGAUUUUUAGGACAUGCACAGACAUUUGGAAGCAUAAGAAGGGACCGAGCUCCUUUCAUCUUCACAUCAGAGAUGGAGUAUUUCAUCACGGAAGGUGGAAAAAACCCACAGCGUUUUCAAGAGUUUGUGGAGCUUUGUUGUCGAGCUUAUAAUAUAGUCAGGAAACACAGCCAGUUACUCUUGAACCUGCUGGAGAUGAUGCUGCAUGCAGGAUUGCCUGAGCUACACAGCAUUCAGGAUCUGAAGUAUGUGUAUGAUACACUCCGUCCUCAAGACUCAGACCUCCAGGCUACAAGCUACUUUACAAGGAAAAUAAAGGAAAGUUUGGAGUGCUUCCCUGUUAAACUCAACAACUUGAUCCACACGCUUGUACAGAUGUCAGUGACAGGCUCUGCAAAGCCUCCAGCUCCAGAGACUGUCCCCCAAGAAUGGAUGAUGCUGGAUGCAGAGAAAUCCAUCUCAAGAGCCACCAUCCUGGGGUUCAACAAAAAGUCCGACUCCCUAUAUCUAGUCCAGGUGGUGCAAACCUGCAAUGUGGUCUCUUUUGUGGAAAAAUCAUUUGACCAGUUCUCAAAACUUCACAGCCAUCUCCAGGAGCAAUUUCCGUCACACGCCCUCCCAGAGUUUCCUCACUCGUGGAAUUCACCUUUUACAGAUCUUGAGCAUAAAAGAGUGAAGGAUUUAAAUCUCUAUCUGAAGCAGCUGUUAAGUGGAUCCAGGAAACUGGCUAAUAAUGAGCUUGUACUCAGCUUCUUCCUGAAUUGGGGCAAAAAUACCUUGGCAGAAGAUUCAUCACCUGUGAUGUUAGGUCCUCAGUCAACCGAGCAUAAGCCUGGAGUACAAUUAGUCAUAUCCUACGAGAGCUCCCGCCUGACAAUAAUGUUGAAACACAUGAGGAACGUUCACCUCCCAGAUGGCUCUGCCCCGAGUGCACACGCUGAAUUUCAUCUUCUGCCAGAUCCUUAUGAGGUCAAUCGAAGAAAAACAAGAACAGCUCCAAAAUGCUCUGACCCUACUUACAACGAAAUUGUUGUGUACGACAAAGUCACAGAGCUCAAAGGCCGUCUCCUGAAGCUUGUUGUGAAAAGCAAAGGAACAUUUGUGGGCGCUGUUAACAUUCAACUGAGCAGUGUCCAGUUAAACGAAGCAAAGUGGUAUCCACUGGGAAACAGUGUAAUUUAA